CUGGGGGCUGGUGGGGGAAGUAAAAGGGAGGGGGUGUGCACCGCCGGGUGUCAGUUUCGGAACCCUAGCCAGCUCAUCUCCGCGCUGCUGAACCCGAUCCGAGCCUCCGGCAAAGGUUUUUCCCUCCUCCCCCGGCCGAGGGCUUCUGCCGCCCGGGCACCCCCGCCCCGCGGCGCCCCACAUUCCCCCAGCCCGGGGCCCUUGGCGCGUGCGCUCCGUGCGGCUCUGCUCCGCGGGACUGUUUGUUUCCUCCUCGUCCCUCUUUGUUGGGCUGAACACCGGCCUCGCCAAAGCCCCCGACUCCGGAGGGAGUUCGGCUUCUCCAGCAGGGCGGCUGCAGCGCGCUGCCCCGACCCCGCCUGCGGCCCCUCACGCCGCCAGUGCUCCCACCCCGCCUUCCUGGCACCCCGCCUGCGUCCGUUCGCCCGAGGAAGCCAACCGCGACUUCAUUGAUGCACCCAUUCCAGUGGUGUAACGGGUGUUUCUGUGGCCUGGGACUGGUUAGCACCAACAAGUCCUGCUCGAUGCCACCCAUCAGUUUCCAAGACCUUCCGCUCAACAUCUAUAUGGUCAUCUUCGGCACAGGCAUCUUUGUCUUCAUGCUCAGCCUUAUCUUCUGCUGCUAUUUUAUCAGCAAACUCCGGAACCAGGCACAGAGUGAGCGAUACGGAUAUAAGGAGGUGGUGCUUAAAGGUGAUGCCAAGAAGUUACAAUUAUAUGGGCAGACCUGUGCAGUCUGUCUGGAAGACUUCAAGGGGAAGGAUGAGUUAGGCGUGCUCCCGUGCCAACACGCCUUUCACCGCAAGUGUCUGGUGAAAUGGCUGGAAGUUCGCUGUGUCUGUCCCAUGUGUAACAAGCCCAUUGCUGGUCCCUCAGAGGCCACGCAGAACAUUGGGAUUCUAUUGGAUGAGCUGGUGUGAGCGCUGCGGCUACACCGAGACCUGGAGAAGACCUCUUGCCUCAUGGAUGCCUGAUCCCUCUGCACAGCUCCAACCAACAGGACUGUAGGGUGAUGAUGAUCACUUUCCUGUGAUGAGAAGGGUGGUCUAGGGCUGGGCUUCCACUCUCAGUGUGAGACCAGUGCCAGAUGUGCCCCCACUUCCUGCCUCCUGAAGCCGCCUUCCCUGCUACUCCAUGCUGGUGGUCUCACCCAUCAAGACCACUGUCUCCUGGUACUGGACUAUCUACCUGCCUUGUCCCUGUUCUGGGGGAAGGUGUCCACCCCAAUCAAGAACAUGGAGAAAGUCCUCUUUCAAGGCUCCCCUUAGGAGGAUGAGCUGCCCUGACCCAGAAGGGAUGAGAUGGGCUCUUACCUCUCUACAACCUUCCCUCCCCUUCCCACUCCUUCUGGAGAAAGGUUAGAAGGGAAGGAAGGAAAGAUCAAGGAACCAAGCGCCUCCACGGGAGGCGAGGGAGGCUCUGUAUGAAACAGAAGAGCAGGGACAUAAAGGAAAAUGUCAGUGUUUACAUGGGACCUAUGGAAACAAAGGCUGGCCGGCGCCGGCUGACUCCAGGGUAAGAGAGGGCCCUUCCCCUGCCAGGACCCACGGUGCUAUCCAUUCGAUCUCUUCCUCAGUUAAUCUCGGAGCUUCCUAUUCCAUGUUGAGGUUUGCGGGCCGCUCUAGAGGAGGGCUAGUUCUAUACUUAAAUUGAUUCCUAGGGGCCUUUUGUUUUUUUUUUUUUUUGAUCAAAAGGGGUGUGGGGAUGGGGGUGUCUAUGGUUAAGCAACAGAUACCUCCUUCCCUUUGUAAAUAGUAUUUUUAUACUUCAUCCUCACCUCUCAGACUUUAGAUACGAAAUCCCCAGAAUGGAAGGGGGUGGGGAUUUUCUGUUCCUCCCUGGAGUGGGUGAGGGUGGGAGAAAGUUACAUAUUUAAAGAAAAAUAAAUUUAAUAACAAGUUUCUCUAACCUA